GCCCUGGAGCUCGGCGGGAGGCGGCUCGGGCGGGUCUCGGCGGCGGCUGUGACAGCGACGUCGUGAGGCCCGGGCGGACAUGGCGAUGGCGAUGUCGGACAGCGGGGCGAGCCGGCUGCGGCGGCAGCUGGAGUCGGGGAGCUUUGAGGCGCGGCUGUACGUGAAGCAGCUGUCGCAGCAGUCGGACGGGGACCGGGACCUCCAGGAGCAUCGGCAGCGCAUUCAGGCUCUGGCUGAGGAGACGGCGCAGAACCUGAAGCGCAACGUCUACCAGAACUACCGGCAGUUCAUCGAGACGGCCCGCGAGAUCUCCUACCUGGAGAGUGAGAUGUACCAGCUCAGCCAUCUCCUGACGGAACAGAAGAGCAGCCUGGAGAGCAUCCCGCUCACCCUGCUGCCGGCCGCCGCCGCAGCCGCGGGGGCCGGCGCCUCCCCGGGCGGGGACGAGGGGGCCGGGGGCGCCGGGGGCCGAGACCACCUCCGCGGCCGAGCAGGGCUUUUUCCCACCCCCGGGGGCGCCUCCCGCGACAGCUCCGGUCCGGGCGAGGAGGGGAAGCAGCGCACGCUCACCACUUUGCUUGAGAAGGUAGAAGGCUGCCGGCACCUGCUGGAGACCCCGGGGCAGUACCUGGUGUACAACGGGGACUUGGUGGAGUACGAGGCGGACCACAUGGCCCAGCUGCAGCGGGUGCACGGCUUUCUCAUGAAUGACUGCUUGCUGGUGGCCACCUGGCUGCCGCAGCGAAGGGGGAUGUACCGCUUCAACGCCCUUUAUCCCCUGGAUGGGCUAGCUGUGGUCAAUGUCAAGGACAAUCCACCCAUGAAGGACAUGUUCAAGUUGCUCAUGUUCCCUGAGAGCCGUAUUUUCCAGGCAGAAAAUGCUAAGAUAAAACGAGAGUGGCUGGAAGUGCUGGAAGAAACUAAGAGGGCCCUGAGCGAAAAAAGACGCAGGGAGCAGGAGGAGGCCGCGGCCCCUCGCGCUCCUCCCCAAGUGGCCUCCAAGGCCACUAACCCAUUUGAGGACGAUGAAGAAGAAGAACCGGCUGCCCCUGAGGAGGAGGAGGAGAAAGUGGACCUGUCAAUGGAAUGGAUCCAGGAGCUACCGGAAGACCUGGAUGUCUGCAUUGCGCAGAGGGACUUUGAGGGGGCCGUGGACCUGUUGGAUAAACUGAAUCAUUACUUGGAAGAUAAGCCCAGCCCACCUCCUGUGAAGGAACUCCGGGCCAAAGUAGAUGAGCGGGUCCGGCAGCUCACGGAGGUGCUGGUCUUUGAACUCUCCCCUGAUCGGUCCCUGCGGGGUGGUCCCAAGGCUACUCGCAGGGCAGUUUCCCAACUGAUUCGACUUGGCCAGUGCACCAAGGCGUGUGAGCUGUUUCUGAGGAACAGGGCGGCGGCUGUGCACACUGCCAUACGUCAGCUUCGCAUCGAGGGUGCCACUUUACUCUAUAUUCACAAGCUGUGCCAUGUCUUCUUUACGUGUCUUCUGGAGACUGCCAGAGAAUUCGAGACAGAUUUCGCAGGCACCGACAGUGGCUGCUACUCGGCCUUUGUGGUCUGGGCACGGUCAGCCAUGGGCAUGUUCGUGGAUGCCUUUAGCAAGCAGGUGUUCGACAGCAAGGAGAGCCUCUCCACGGCUGCCGAGUGUGUGAAAGUAGCGAAGGAGCACUGCCAGCAGCUGGGGGACAUCGGGCUGGACCUGACCUUCAUCAUCCACGCCCUGCUGGUGAAGGACAUCCAGGGGGCCUUGCACAGUUACAAGGAGAUCAUCAUCGAAGCCACUAAACAUCGCAACUCAGAGGAGAUGUGGAGGAGGAUGAACUUGAUGACCCCGGAGGCCUUGGGCAAGCUCAAAGAAGAAAUGAAAAGCUGUGGGGUGAGUAACUUUGAGCAGUACACUGGGGACGACUGCUGGGUGAACCUCAGUUACACGGUGGUGGCUUUCACCAAGCAGACCAUGGGCUUCCUGGAAGAGGCCUUAAAGCUGUAUUUCCCGGAGCUGCACAUGGUGCUUCUCGAGAGCCUGGUGGAGAUCAUCUUGGUUGCUGUUCAGCACGUGGAUUACAGCCUCCGCUGUGAGCAGGAUCCGGAGAAGAAGGCUUUCAUCCGACAGAACGCGUCCUUUCUGUAUGAAACAGUCCUCCCUGUGGUGGAGAAGAGGUUCGAAGAAGGCGUGGGGAAGCCCGCCAAGCAGCUCCAGGACCUGCGCAAUGCCUCGAGACUCGUGCGUGUGAAUCCCGAGAGCACAACCUCAGUGGUCUGAGGCGGGGCUCUCCGGGGUGACACACAGUACUGAUAGGUCAUUCAUGUUUAUAUGAGGUUGGAUUAGCACAGCCUCCCAAACACAGCUUACAAAGUGCCCUCCCAGAAAUGCAGACUCCAAAGGAAAAAGGAAAAAGAAUGUCAAAUGAAACCCAAAUAACAAGAAACAUCACAAUUGUGAAAGCAUGUACUUUCCUUUUAAAUUAUGCCUGUUCUGUGCUCACACUACAGUAUUCCAGCUUCUCUUUUGAGCCAAAACACACUUCCUUACUGUGUAUGUCCAUUUUCAACACACAGAAAUACUGUCUGCAAACACAUGAGUUUACAUUUGUGUGGAAGGAUUUCCAGUUCACGGGAGUGUCAGGUUUCUUC